UGGUGUGGGGUGGGUGAAAGCUCCGGCUGUGCCGCGGUCACCGUCAGUGCCUGUCACCCACUGCACCCAUGGGUGUCCUCCUGCUCCUGCUCCUGCUCCAGACCCCAGCUGCAGAGGCUCUGAUGGAACCCGAGUUCUGCUACAUCCUCGAUGCCAUCCUCUUCAUCUACGGCAUCAUCCUCACAACCAUCUAUUGCCGGCUCAAGUUCACCAUUUACCGAGCGUCCCAUCAGGCAGGCAUGAAGAAGAAGGAAGAAGGCGUCUAUGCUGGGCUCAGCAGUGAGGGCCAAGAGACAUACGAGACCCUCGAGAUCAAAAGCUCCUGACCCCAUCCUGCGGCUCCGGGACCCCCCCGGACCCCCCUUUUCCCCCUGGAAAUGGGGGGGGUUGGUCCCAAACCCCCAUUGUGGGUCCGGGAGCCCCAGUUCUGCUCUGUGUGUCCCAGUAAAGCAGCAC